AUGCCGGAUGAAGUUGCGCCAGCAGGUGCGGCUCCAGCAGAAAAUGCUGGUCAACCGGAACAACGAGGGUGGAUGACUAUCGUUCGUUCGAUGAUUCAGCAAAUGUUGGUUUUUUAUUUCAUCAGCUCUAUAAUUAAGAGCUUCUCUGGGGGGCCAACUAAUGGGACGAAUUCAACAUCAGUAUCGCGAUCUAGAUUACCACCAGCACACAACAUAUUUUCCCCUGGGCAAUUGUUUGAUUUGCAUAUUUAUCUUGACGAAUCGGAUCAACGUUUCAAUAAAUUCGAUAAAGAUAUAUUUUGGCUUCAAAAAGGAUUAAGAUAUGGAGAUUGGACUUCAGGACCCAACAAGGACGGCUCUUAUGUUUUCCAUAAGACUUUUCAAACGCCGGACGUUCUUCUACGCAAUAACUCGUUGUAUAUGCAUACGUUUGUUGUGAAAUCCGGACAAUCUCCAAACCCAAAAGACAGAAAUUUUGUGAAGAGAGAAGUUAUCUAUGGAUGCAAACAGUUGAACAAGUACAAGAAGAAGUUCUACAAGAAAACUGCGAAUCUUCUAACUGGCUUGAGUGAGCAGAGUGAUGAAGACCUGGCAAAGGCUGAAACAAUGAAGUUCGAAAUUCUCAACUUCUGGCAUCCCAAUAUUUCCAUCAAUUUGGUUGAUGAUCAAACUAAUUGGUCGAAAGGAGCGCUUCCUCCACCACUUGAUAAAGAUAUAAAAUUCACACCAGGAGGAGAAGCAUAUCAUCCGAUUCUCUUUUUCAACACAUACUGGAACUUGGGAGCUGAAUAUAUGCCCAUCAAUGAGACCGUUAAAGAGUUGAACUUGACUAUUACGUAUUAUCCGUUAUCCUUGUUCAAAUAUCAGAUGUACGCUAGCCAAUCGAUGAAAUCGCAAUGGAGUGGGAUGUUACAAAUGGAGACCGAGGACGAUGAUCAGGACUCUGUGAAACAAGCACUCUUGGAAACGAAUCCAAUCCUGCUUGGUAUCACGGUUGUCGUAUCACUUCUUCACACUGUUUUGGAGUUUUUGGCAUUCAAAAACGAUAUUCAAUUCUGGAGAUCACGCAAAGACCUUGUCGGACUUUCUGUCAGAUCCGUUCUGUUUAAUAUAUUCCAGUCUCUCAUCGUUUUUCUCUACAUUUGUGACAAUGACACCAAUUUUGUCGUCAAAUGCAGCGUGGGAAUUGGUCUAUUAAUCGAAUGCUGGAAAAUUCCGAAAGUGUUGAACGUCGAGGUUGAUCACGAAAAUAAAAUUAUGGGAAUUUUUCCAUCCGUGAAGUUCAGCGACAAAGGUUCUUACGUUGAGAGUGACACCAAAACCUAUGAUCAGAUGGCUUUCCGCUACCUUUCCUGGGUAUUGUUUCCUCUUCUCAUCGGAUACGCAAUUUAUUCCAUCAUCUACGUUGAACAGAAGGGAUGGUAUUCUUGGGUGCUCAACAUGCUUUACGGAUAUCUUUUGAUGUUCGGAUUCAUUACCAUGACACCACAGUUAUUCAUUAACUACAAACUGAAAUCUGUUGCCCAUCUUCCAUGGAGAAUGCUUACCUACAAGUUCAUCAACACCUUCAUUGACGAUCUUUUCGCCUUUGUCAUCAAAAUGCCAAUGCUUUAUAGAAUCGGGUGCUUCCGUGACGAUAUCAUCUUCCUCAUCUACCUCUAUCAAAGAUGGAUUUACCGUGUUGAUCCAACUCGUGUCAAUGAAUUCGGAACCUCUUUGGAGCAUGAGAACGGUGUUCCACAGCCAGUUGAAACCGCCACCGAAGCCAUUGAAGAAGAAUCCAAGAAAGAUAAAUAA